AUGACGCCUCGCUUCAGCCCGCUAGCUCGCCGUGGUAUCAUCACCGGCCCCCGCUUCACGCCAAUCGUGCAGGCCUUGCCGUCUAUCGUGCCCUUUGUCGCGCCCGAGGAGAUUGAGCGCUCGCGCGGCCGGCGCUUUGCGGUGCGACUGGGCGCAAACGAGCUCACGUUCGGGCCCUCCGAGAAGGCCGUGCGAGCCAUGGCGGAGGCAUCGAGCUCGGCGUGGAUGUACGGCGACCCCAAAUCCUACGAGCUGCGCGCGGCCCUUGCCGACCAGCACGGAGUCGACCCGCUCAACAUCGUGGUUGGUGAGGGAGUGGACGGGCUCCUGGCGUACACAGCUCACCUCCUGAUUGCGCCGGGCGACGCUCUGGUCACGACCCGCGGGACCUACCCGACUUUGAACUAUUUCGUAGCCGGGCGCGGAGGCCACCUGCACACUGUGCCCUACGGCGACGACGACCGGCAGGACCUGGACGCGCUGCUGGCCAAGGCGUGGGAGGUGGAUGCGAAGGUGCUCUACCUCGUGAAUCCGGACAACCCCAGCGGCACGUGGCACCCUGCCGAGCGCAUCGAGCAGCUCGUCGAGGGCCUCCCUCCCGGCUGCCUGCUGCUCGUGGACGAGGCGUACCACGAGCUCGGCGUCGACUUCGACGCGAACGCGCACGUCGCAGUCGACGACCUGCGUGUGCUGCGCCUGCGCACCUUCUCCAAGGGGUACGGACUCGCGGGCUGCCGGAUUGGGUACGCGCUCGGCGCACCGGACAUCAUCUCCGCGUUUGACAAGGUGCGCAACCACUUUGGCAUCGGCAGGGUGAGCCAGGCGGGGGCGCUCGCCGCGCUCCAGGACCAGCCGCACCUCCACUCGCUGCGAGGGAGGGUUGCCCACGCCCGAGCCACUCUGGGGGGCAUCGCGGACGAGCACGGGCUGGCAGCCUUGCCCAGCGCAACCAACUUCGUCACCAUCGACUGCGGCAGGGACGGCGCCUUUGCGCGGCUCAUUCUCGCCGAGCUCCUCGAGCGCGACAUCUUUGUGCGCAUGCCUGGGGCGGCGCCGUUGGAUCGGUGCAUCCGCGUAUCGUGCAGCGACGACACCGACCUCGCAGUCUUCCGUGCCGCCCUCCCGGCUGCCCUCGAGGCCGCGCACUCGAAAAUGUCCCCGCCAGGCGCGUGUAAAGUGUAUAAAGACUAA